AUGGGCCUACCCACUAGCAUAAAAAGAGAGCUUAAACUCAGCGGCGACUUCGAGUUCGCUGUUCCUGUAAUAGGGUACUACAUUAAACUCCACCUGGUUGAAGAGCUGUUGGGACUUGCAGAGAGAACUGAUGAGGUUGUGAGUACUGCGACCCAGCUACUAGAUAAAAUUGAAGGCUUUAAGCAAAACGCUGAAGAUGACGCAGUGAAGCAGCUGUUAGAAAACCAGACGAAGGCCAAAACUUACUUUUUAAACUUUGCCCUGUCGCUGUACAACGAACAACUGAGCAAAAUUCAGCAAGGCACCAUUAACCAAGAUUUGAGCCGUGCACUAUGGUGCUGCAUAGAUCUUUUUGGUGCAUUCUUAGGGCUUUGGGGAAAGUCUGAGGCCACGGAAGACGAAGUUCAACAAAGUCAGAAAAGAAUAAAGUAUUGCAAGGUUUACUUGAGCAAGCUGGCGCGUGGGGAGCUGAAGCCUGUACGACCAACGCAAGAAAAUGCACCGGACAAUAAGGAUGUCGACUCUUUGCUCUCUGAGUUGCGGAAGGUGGAGGGCGACGGCGAAGAAGAAGACGAUGAGGAAGAAGAAGAGAUCUCACAGCAGGGCGAAGGGAAGACUGAAGAAGAAAGGGAAGGACCCGGGCCUGAGACAGAGGGAAAGGACCCAGAGAACUCAAAUCUUGAUCCUGAGUCGGUGAAUGAAUUUAUCAAGAGUCUAGAGGAGGACCCGAGUCUUGGGGACCCAUCAGAGUCCAAAGAGCUAGAACUGCGCGACAGUCAGCCCGAACAGGAGCAGGAGAGACGUGACACUGAAGAGCUUAUCAGAAAGAUGCGGGAGCUGGAUAACGAUGCGGAAGAACAAUCAGACACGGAGUUACAACCUGGAGGCGAAGAGCCAAAAUUCGAGCUGCCCUCAGCGCCUACUGACAUUGGUGCUCGGCCCGCGUUCAUAGAUUCGGAUGAUGAACCAGAGAAAGUUGCCACAGCUCCCUCGAAGGUGGUACAGCAACCAACACACUUUAAACCCGAAGACUUGAAGAAGAUGUGGAACCGCGAAGACCAAAUUUCGGAAGUGCAGAAGCGCGCGAAAUUCGCCAUAAGUGCCCUCAACUACGAAGACAUCAAGUCCGCAAAGGAGGAGCUGGCAAAGGCACUAGAGCUGCUAAAUGAUAUUCAGUGA